AUGCUCUCCCUCGUCAAAGUCCCAUUGAUAUUCACCACCGCGCUAUUCUAUGACCGCUCCUUCACGGCUCCUCCUUCACCGCCUGUGGCCGAGGAAGAGCAGAAGAAGGCCCUGAAGGUUACUGAUAUCUCCCUUACGGAGAGACUUAUCCCUCCUGCGGGCUUCUUGCUCAAGACGACGUACUGGACAAUGAGUGCUGCGGAGAUCGCGUCGGUCCUCGCCAUCCAAUAUCCGUCGCACAAUCUCGCCCAGCAUAUUCGCACUCUGCUCUCGUUGGACAGUCCCGAAACCAAUCUAUCUUCCAUAGGAGCUAUCACACCUAUCUACCUGCUCGGGUCCGCCCUCAUCAUCACGGGCACUCUCAUUCGCUUUCGCUGCUUCCGCGAAAUGGGCCGCCACUUCACAUUCCGUCUCACCCUGCGCGAGAAUCACAAGCUCGUGACCAGUGGUCCAUACAGCAUCGUCCGUCACCCAAGCUACACGGCUGGCAUGAUGACGGUGGUGGGCUCGGUGUUAACCUUGGUUGGCGGUGGGAGCUGGUGGAGGGGUGUUGGGGGCUGGAACGGCGCCGGCAUGUUACCGAAGAUCUGCGCUGGGGUGCUCGGAGUGACUGCUGCAUUUUGUGUGAGAGUGUACGCGAGAGCAGCGAAAGAGGACAGGUACUUGAAGCAAGAGUUCAGCGAAGAGUGGGAGGAGUGGGCGAAGAGGGUACCGUGCAAGUAUCUGCCUGGGAUCUAUUGA